AUGGUGCUUCCCAUGGAAAUCGGGGUAGCGAUCGUGGUGUUUCUGGUGGUGGUGGCCAUGGAAUCGGACGGUCGAGAGCUGCGGCCGUCGGAUCACGGACUCCUAUACCAGGGCUCGCCUCCGGCAAGCGCGAAGUCGCCGACGGAAGUGAAGUCUUUCUUCGUCGGGGGAGGAGGAGGAGGCGGAGGAGGGGGAGAAAAUUCGCCGACGGCAUUGCCGAAGGCGAUGAACUCGAGCGACUCGUCGUGGUGGAACGGCGUCGUCGCACGUGGCGGCGGCCAUAGAGAUCACGUGAAGGAUGUGCUGUUGCUGGCCAGUUUGGUUUGUGGGAUUACAGGUGUCGCUCUGUUUGUGGCGUCUGCCUUUGUGUAUCUGUUAAGGAACCGAAAGCAUAAAUCAUUACCACCAUCAGCGUCAUCAUGA